UUGAAACGUGCGUUAUUACUUUUAAGUAAUCGUUCAACAGAUAUAAUACGUUGGUAUAUAUUAUCAUGUCAGAAAAGGAUAUCGCCAGGCAAGUAUUGCGUGGAUACAUAGACAGGGAAAUCGACUUGGAAAACCAACUAAAAGAGAUAUUGAUCAGACGCAAGUCGGUGGUGGUGGAAGAAGGAGACUUUUUUAAAAUCCGCCGAGAACAGAUGGAGAAACAGAAGAAAAUUGCAAAGAAAAGGAACGAAACGUUUUUAAAAGUGGGUAACACAUAACGUUAUAAAACCUACCAACAGUACCAACUCGUAAUAUUUUUGUUAAUUGUGAAUAUGAGUAUAUAGGUAGUUCAAUUGAUUUAGACUUUAUCACAUUAAUAGCUCAUACACAAACGUUAUACUACCUUAGUAUAAUAUAUUAAUAUUUAUAGGACCU